AUGCUUAAAAAAGUAGAAGACUCAUAUUGGUGCAUCGGAUGGACACCAUGGACGCUAGCUUUGUUAUACCUCGAAAUAGCCAUGCCUCUUCCAAUCUUUCAAACUGGACCGUGCCCUGGGUGCAGUGCUCUUUUCAAAUUUCGAAUCAAAGAUGUGUGCGAUGAAUGUACCGAUCUGGAGAACAUCAAGGAAGGAUUGCAAAUUCCACGAAAGGAUUACUGUGAGGGUUGUGGUGAUGGAUACCAACAUUUGAAGGACAACAUCUGUGGUCCUUUUGCAUCUCCGCUUUUGAAUGUCAGACUCGGCUUGAAUUCAAACAAUCAUCAAAGCCGACAAGCUAGCUCUUCUCGUUCUUCCCGCUCUCUGACAACACCCGAUAUAUUAACCAAAAUCGAUGAACUUACUCCAAGUUCCUAUAGUGAGGUGUCUCAAAGUCGAAAAAUUGGUACAAAGAUCCCAACUGCUGUCACCAUUGGCCAGAAAAAACACAAUCAACACAGCCUCAUUAAAGCACCAACUAGCCUGACUUUACCAGAUUCCCAUCGGUCUCACUCAUCAAUUAGUCGUGGUCCAAGGGGCAUCAAUCAUCCAUCAAAGAUACAAUCAACAAACAAUACUAAAUCCACACCAAUUGAUUUUGUCCACCAGAUUGAUGGCAACCCAAUGCCACACAAUUUCACUGCUUUCACGAUCUCAGUGGAUCUCAGCAAUCGAUCAUGGUAUUCAAACUUUAAGAAGGGUGCAUUUGAGUUCUUCCGUAUGAAAUCAGUCGAUAAAUUACCAAGCAAAUUUCAAUUAGAUGAUGGGUGUCCUGAGGUCCCAGAAUUUGACAAGCGAUGGGUAUACUUAGGUCAGGUUCGAAAUAAGAGGAGUGUUAUUUUCUCUUUGGAACAGCAUGUUGUUGAGCUGUUGGAGCGUCCACCACAACGGGGUGCUUUAUUCUUUGUGAUGUUUAAUGCCAACGAUUAUCUUCAUGUCAAGCAAUCAGAAAAUGCAGCUACCUACAUAUCCAACAAGAAGAAAAAGCGGCGGUAUGGUGGUGACUCAGAGGCAUACUUGCCUUCUGAUGAUCUUUCUGAUUCUUUGGCUGGAGAAACAACAAAUCAUCUUACCAUUUGCAAAUCCAAACGAUUACGAUUACAAUCUCCGUCAGGAAGCUGUGAUGAAUCACAGCUUCCUUCUCAAGGAUCCGAUGGUCCAACUGUCACCCCGACACAAUUGAAGACACCAUUCAAGGAGACACAGAUUACCUCUGAAUCAGUAAACUUACCCGAGAAACGCACUUGGGUGUCAGAAGUAGGAGUUUUGGAUCCUACAUUGAAACCAAUACCACUUGCAAUUUCAAAAUCUUUGGAAACUGCAGGUUGCUGCCCUGAUAACACUCGACCGUGGUAUUUAGGAAUUGCAAAAACGUUAACUAUCCUGCAGGAGUCAGAGGAAUCUGAUACUGCCUCUGUGGCUGGGGAGUUCGAAAUUGGAUGGAUUCGCCUUGAAGACUUUGUUAAAUUUAAUGAAACCGACCCCUCCUAUGUGGGUGAUGUGAUGCUUGGGAGUGAAUUAUUCACAAACUUCCUCUUGAAUCCUUACGGCGGCUCUACAUAUGGUUCUUCAAUCGAUUACAAUCCAAGUGAUCCAAACUAUAGGCUUUGUUUGAGUGCGGAGGUACAGAGAUUGAUUGUGAGCUUUCAAAAGAAGGUGAUUGAUAACUUGGGAAUUGCACCUGAUAUGCGAGAAAUGUGUCUUUCACUCCAAGUUGCUAAAACUCUCACCUUUACAACCGCUCAUGAAUGCAAGGAACAUCCCAGGCUAUUUUUAUGUAGGGAACAAGGAGUCAGAGAAUUGGAAUCUUACAUGACUCCAACAGACUUUACACUAAAGAAACCGUACAAAAAUCUGCACCAAAUCAUGCAUGCUCUGGCCCAUUCUAGUCUAGAUGAUAAUGAUGGCAAAGCGAUGGUAGUGGUGUUGGAAUCUCAGGGAGGAUUAAUUACUGAUUUUUCGAUGCUGAAUUUGACUUGGCCGUUGGAGAGUGAAAACCAAGGUGAAGUACGGAUUCAAAAUUUCAGGGCUAGCCAUCACUGUUCACCUCUAUGUGGUCUCCUUGGCCUCCAUAAAUGUGAUGUACCAUACGGAGAGCAGGGAAGUAUUGAUGAGAUUUAG